CUGAGCACGCGUACACUUUACUUUGCAAAGAAAUGUGGGAAUUAAAGAAGUUUUGCUAAGGUUUCGACGUUCUUUCUAGAAAAUAAAUUUCAAGUAAUCACUACCACCAAAUUUUUUGUCGGAUAUUAUGAAUUUAACUAUUGUAAGAUACGUGAAUUCAACAUGGAGAAAUUGAAAAUAAAAAUCUCCGUAAUACUUCGGUAAUCUCGAAGCCGCGCCGAACGGAAAUCCAAGAUGUCGCCAAAUACUACUAGAGCCAAGUAUAUCUAAUGAUUUGAAUGAACAUUAUUCGAUAUGAAGAUAACUUUACUGAGCAUUCAGUUCAAACUAAACUUUUAUUAGUUUGUCUGGUAACAAUCUAACUUUCUUUUUAUUAGUAAUAUGAGAGCAGAUUAUUUUUUAAUUUUAUCAUUUGUCAUGACUGCAGCAUCUUAACACAGGCAUUAACUUAAGCUGAGAAUAGCAUAACGCCAUAAGUUAAAGUAACACUAUCUUUUAAGUUUAAUGUUAGUAACUUCAGAUUUUUGUUGUCUGCCCCCGCUAUAUAUACUCAACUGGUCGAUUUCAAAUAAAAUGGGUUUUUCAGUUAUGUAAACUUAGUUAUGUUUUCCCAAUAGAUAUUCCAUAAUAAAUUAACAUGGGACACGUGUGCUAUUUCCCUUGAUAUUUGAAGUUUGCUUUAGCUUUCCUUGUGAGUUUGAUUGUUUUUGUCUUCACGUUUUUCAUUUAAAUUUUCUUUUGUUUGUUCUCCCAUGUAAAAUUGUAACACUUGUUCUAUAUAAAAAAAGUAAGUGGUAUGAUAAGCUUUUUUAUCGACAUUUAAACUAAUGUAUAUGCAGUAUGUCAUGUAGGCAAAUUUGAUUUAAAAAACAAACAAACUAAGCUUUGUAGUGAAUCACUUGUUGGGUCUCUUACAGUUCUGAUUCCCACAGGAAGAAAAAUAAAAGUAACAAACUAAAGACAACUACGUAGCACAUUGUAUACUUACAAAGAUGCAUUAUUUUGAUUUUGUUAAUAACAAAUUAUAUAAACGUUUAAUAACAGAAAUAUGAUGUAUCUUUGUGUUCACAAAUGUUCAGUUAAAUUAAUGAAAACCUGGAAUUACUUAUGUGGAAGAAAAUUGUAUGUUUCUUGUUUUAGUAUGUAUGUGUGUCCAGUAGUUUUAAACAUAUUGUGUUACAAAGAAACAAUAUUAACUAGUAAGAGUACUUAUUACUGCACUAGUCAAAAGUUGAAUAAUGCAUCUAGAAAUCUAGAUUAUCUUAUUGCAAAUCUACAUGAAAAGCAUAAAUACAAAGAUAAAACUGGUACAAACUAUAAAAAGAAAACUGAAAAGCUUUUGAAGUGUCACCCAAAAAUGUUUCAACCUAAAGUAGAUAAAGCUUGUGAUGACAAGCUCGUAACUCUACUCAUGAUGAACGAACCAGAAAAAGCUGCUGGUGAAUUAGAAUACUAUUCUAUUGCUUCCCUAUAUCCAUCCAAGAAAACACUUAAGCGUCUUGUAAAAGUCUUAACAUCCAAAGGAAAUGUGGAAGAAGUCCGAAAAAUUCAAGUGAUUUGUGAACAAGUUUAUCCUAAUGAAUGUAAGUGGAAUAUAGGAUUUCGACAUUAUGUGGCAGAGGCAUUAUGGAGAAAUGAGCAGUACGAAGCAUCUGUUCAGUUGUUUGAGAGUAUUCUAUUUGAAUAUCCCCACAAAAGAAUAAAAGUUAGCAAUAUGAUAACUUGUUUGACUGAUCAUUUAAUAGAAAGAAAUUUAGAAAAAGAACUUGACUUACUUGUUGAAAUGGUAAAACACUGUGAUAUUAAUCAUGUUGUGGCAGAUGUGUGGAAAAGGUUAUUUCUCAGCGACUUGGUGAGGCAUCAGCGAAUGGGACAGAGUAUUUUGGACGAAUAUCCAAACGUUAAGGUCUGUGUUUGUAGACACUUUCGAAAGUAUAAUAUCUACAGCAAGAGAGUUACAGUGCAUCAGUAUUCUUCAGAGAUUGGUAGAAGUGAGCUUACAACUGGAAACUCGAUCGUAUUAUUCCGAAGUCUUUAGUUCUUUGUUGGAAAUUCAGUGUGCAACCGAUGAUCUUUUUGGAGCAAUGGAGACAUUUCGUCAUGUUUACCAAAAUGGUAUUGUCUUAAAAGGAGAGACGUGUUACAAGUUUGUUUAUUUUCUAGGUGCAAAAAAACUUAGGGUUCCUCAAGCUCUGUUGCAGAUGAAAUAUGGUCCACCAAAACCUGUACCACAUGAAAAAAUAAAAUUCCCAUUUUGAGUUUA